AUGGCCAUGGCAGCCGGCGCCGGCGCUGAGGCGUCGCAAAUGCCAUUCAUCAAGAAUCUCGCCUCCAGCGACAGGAAACUCCGCACCCAGUCCCUCGAAGCGCUGCAAUCCUUCCUCAAUAGCCGCGGCGAGCUGCCCCUAGACGACGCACGCAAACUGUGGACCGGGCUCUACUAUGCGCUGUGGAUGACGGAUCGUCCGCGUCCGCAGCAGGCCCUCGCCGCCGACCUCGCCAACCUCCUCUUCGGCCUCCGCGCCGCCUGCGCCGCCCCUUGGCUUCGCGCCUUCUGGCUCGUCCUCUCCGCCCAGUGGCCCUCCAUCGACGCUCUCCGGAUGGACAAGUUCCUCCUCCUCGCACGUCGGGGCUACGCCGCCCACGUCCGCUGGGUGAAACAGAGAGGCUACGGCGCCGACGAGCACGUUCCGGACGUUGCCCGCGUCCUGAGGGAGGUGUGCCUCGACGUCGACGAGGAGGCCCGCGUCGCCCUCGGCCUGCGCCUCCACAUUCUUGACAUCUGCAUCGACGAGCUCGAGAACGAGGGUGUGCUGUCGCCCGUGGAAGACGAUGAACCGCUCGAGGCGGUGAGGACCGCCUUCGUCCAGCUCUUCGGCGACAUGGUCGAGGAGCUGCGCCGGAGCCCUGUCAAGAGCGUGCGGGAACGGGCCAAGGAGGCGUACGCGGAUGAGAGGCUGCCUUGGGCGACGAGGGAGGAGGGCGACGACGACGACGAAAUGGGCGAGAGCGACGGGGGAGCUGAUGACGAGGGCUGGGGUGGCAUCGACGAUUAA